GCGCGGGAGCGGGAGCGGGAGCGGGAGGGGAACGGGUGACUUCCCCUCCGGCCACCUUGGCGUCACGCCGUGCGCGUGCCGGGCCGUGACGUCACAGCAGACCGGGCCGGGGCCCUGCAGGAAGGGGGCCGAGGCCUCCCCCUCUGCUCCCCGCGGACCGGGCCUGGGCGGGAGGGUGGCGGCCCGGGCUGGGCUCCGGGGCUCCGGAAGGGCGCGGGCCCGCCGGCCCAAGUCCAGAGGAGAGCAGCGAGGGCGGCCCACGGUCUGGCCGGCGUGACCUGGGCGGGACGAGCGACCACCGGGUUCGUGUAGGCCGGAGAGGAGGCGCCCGAGCGGGGGCGCGAUCGCGGUGGUCCAGGAGGGCAGGUCUCGGUCAGGCGGCGCCCGUCUUCUCGCCUGCGGCGUAUUUAUACCUCCCGCCUGCAUUUUCCGCGCCGUGCAUCUGAUGAAGUGGGUUUUAGCCCACGACGGCUUACGCCUCGUUCGUCUCGAGGGGCGUGUCUACGCUUGCCUCCGGCGCGAUCGAUCCAGCUGACAACUCGACCGCCAAGCGCUCUCCCGUCAAGCGAGACGCGCAGGCCGAGUCGAAAGGGGAGCAUCAGCAGUUGACCUACUGCAGCGAAGACGCCGCGACUAACACGGCUGUUACUCUGAAACCAGUCAUGAGAAGACCCUGGCUUACCACCUGAGAUGUCUGCUGGAUCCAACAAAGACUGUACCAGGGGAGAAGAUUGGGCCCAGACGAGGAAGGAAUCUAGUCUGUGAAAGAAGCUUAUUGACACAUCUUUGCGGCCAAGUACCCUGAGAUCAAGAAGCUGAUGGGUCCAGAUCCCCAGCUGAAGUGGGUAGUGACCCUGAUGGUGCUGACCCAGCUGGUGGCCUGCUACCUGGUGAAGGACCUGCCUUGGAAGUGGGUCUUCUUCUGGGCUUACGCCUUCGGGGGCUGCCUCAACCACUCCAUGACACUGGCCAUCCACGACAUCUCCCACAACGUGGCCUUCGGCAACAAGGAGGCCAAGUGGAACCGCCUCUUCGGCAUGUUCGCCAACCUGCCCAUCGGGGUCCCCUACGCCACCUCCUUCAAGAAGUACCAUGUCGACCACCACCGCUACCUGGCCGGGGACGGGCUCGACGUGGACAUCCCCACAGCCUUCGAGGGACGCUUCUUCCACUCGCCGCUCCGCAAGAUCCUCUGGCUCUUCCUGCAGCCCGUCUUCUACAUCCUGCGGCCCCUCUACGUCAACCCCAAGCCCAUCACCGGCCUGGAGGUGAUCAACGUCGCCGUGCAGCUGGCUUAUGACCUCUUGAUCUACUCCUUGUGGGGGCCCAAGCCCGUCUUCUACAUGAUCGCCGGCUCCACACUGGCCAUGGGGAUCCAUCCCAUCUCCGGACACUUCAUCGCCGAGCACUACAUGUAUCUCAAGGGCUACGACACCUUCUCCUACUACGGCCCCUUGAACUGGCUGACCUUCAACGUGGGUUAUCACAUGGAGCAUCACGAUUUCCCCAGCAUCCCGGGCAGCAAGCUGCCACUGGUGAAGAAGAUCGCUGCUGAGUACUACGACCAUCUGCCCUACCACACCUCCUGGGUCUGCGUCCUCUGGGACUUUGUCUUCUGCGAGUCGCUGGGGCCCUUUGCCCGCGUGAAGAGGAAGUACAAAGUGGCCAAGGCGGAGUGAAACAAGAGGGUUACCCAACAGAGCUCCCUGCUCUCCAGCCUCUCAGGGGACGGGGGGAGGUUUGACAUCAGGGGAGUUAUUUAUACCUGUUGCCUAAUACCAGACGUGUACACGCGUCAUUUAAGGGUCAAAUAUUGUCAAAGACUCCACUGACCGAGACAUGAGUCAUUAGGCAGCCUGAUCGGGCCAUGGGAGCACUCCUCCUGGCCGCUCGGCUGGUGUACAACUAAUCCAGACCACCCACGCCCCUCCCAGCAACCAACACGGGGUGCGGCCAAUGGUACUGGGACAUGGCUGAGAAGGGGGUGUAGCUAGGGCAUCUCCUGGGAUCACCAGCUGCUGCUAACAGACAGUGUAGAUUAGAGCAGCCUUCAGGCUAUUCUGUGCCAGGGACUAGCUUGGCAUCCCGAUGGCUUUCCUGCCACCUUCAUUCCCCCCACACCCCAGACUUCUUAUCAAAUGGUCCCCAGCCAAUCUGGAGCAUCAGCUGGUACGUGUACAUAGGUAUUACUAAGGGCCACUAAAGAUACCUCGAGUCUAGGCUGCAGCUUUACAGGCCUGAUUCCCCGCUCCCUCAAAGUGGUGUGAAUCUGGAGUGACCCCAUUGAAAUCAGUGGCAUUGAACAGGCAUAAAUCCAUGGGAGUCAGUGGGGCUGAUUCAUGCCUCCCUCACCCUGCUCUAGACCAGGAGCAACUGCCCUAGUACGGAUGUAAAUGAAACGAGAAUCGGGCCCCUUAUAAAAUUUGAACUGUAAUAAGUGAAUACCCAGAUCUGCAAGAAAGGACCAGGCAUACAUAAUGCAAAGAGACAGCCCUACUUAAUUAGUCAUGUUUCUUAUAUUAAAAGUAACUUGAGGAGAAGCUUCA